UGAGUCCAGAGGUAUCAAGGCAUCAGUGCCGCUUUCCCUCUUCACCACGCGCCUUGCCGCGUUUGUUUCGCGCCAUCCAAUCAUCUUGCGCCCUUGCUGCCUAAAUCCGAAAUGAUAUAUUAACACCACGGCACUGCACACACCUUACCGUCCCUCAGCCAAAACUACUGUACUCAAUUCCCCUCGCAUCACUCUCGCAUCAAGGGCCAUGAAAUCUUAAAUCAACCACUUCUUGUGAUCGUGUUUCAUAAAUUUCCUGACAGCGUCACAGCACAUCACACCAAAGCACCGCACAGCGUGGGAUGGUGUCGUGUGUGGUGGUAUAUCAACCAUGGAUCCGGAUCCAGUCCCAGUCUUCACCACCGUCCUCCGCAUUCCCCAUCCGGAUCACACCCACCAAGACGCCGAGUUUGUCCUUCUCCAUGUCUCUUCGACCGGUCGUCGUAAGCUCGACCUCAAGUUGAUUGGGACCGAAGAGGAGCAUGUGUUCGUCGUUGAAUGUAAGGAUCCCCAAAUGAUCGUCCGGAAGGGCCACUCCUUGGCCUCAUCCCCCGCCCUCAAUAUAUCUCAUGCGUAACACAGCAACUAAUCUCCCUUGCAUCUAGUAAAGCACUCGGAUAUAUCAGCCCUAAAACUGGACAGUUGUACACAAGAUGAAUGGGAGGAUAUUCUCCUGUCCGUCCUACGUGAAGUCACGCCCGCAAACGAGGCCGUGAGGACGGAUGUGGAACUCUCCGCCAAGGUGGAAAAGAAAGCCAAGUCACUCACGAUCACAAUCCAACGCCGCGUCGAAGGGAUUACCGUAAGUCAUCACACGACCCCCGCUAAUUAGACGUUUCAAUAUCACAUACUGACUCCAUUCUUAGCAAAAACUUGGACAGAUCCCGAUGAAGGCAAAGGAUCCCGAAAGCGUGGAAAUAUCACUGUUCGAUUGGUGUGGUACCGUCGUCACCUCCAGGGACCAAUCGAGUCGUGAGCUGCAUGCUCUUCACGCCAGUCUAGGUGAAAAAGAUGCCCAAAUGAAGAAACUCGAAGAGAGUCUAGCCGAGCUUGUAACCCUCAAGGAGCAGCAUGACAAUGCCCUUUUGGAGAAAUUCUCUCUAUUGCUGAAUGAGAAGAAACUCAAGAUCAGAGACCAGCAACAUCUAUUAGCAGGUUCCACCAUCGACCCAGUACGACUGGAAGAAGUAGAGGCACCACGAAGAAACAGCCGAUCACAUUCAACUGGCCCCUCACGAGCAAGAAAACGCAAAGUAAAGGAAGUAGUGGUCGAAAGUGAUUCAGAUGAUGGAUUUGAGAAGAUGGAAGUCGAUGAAGCUAAUUCCGCGAAAGAUUCUGAUAUGGAGGAUAGGCAGACACCAGAACCUUCAACAGCAUCAGAAGCCUCGGAUGGUGAUGGCCCGCCUCCACUAUCAAGUAGAACAAUCAACCAAGACAGAAUCUCCAAAGAAUCCACCCCAGCCAUUGCCCCACCCGAAGAUUUCGUUCUCCCGCCCAAGAGAGAACUUCCUUUUCAGAGGAAACCUGGUGCUGCCAAGCCGGUCGCUAAACCGUCGACGAAACCUGUGGUUGAUGGCUCGGAUACAGAAUCAGAUGAUGAAUUGUAAUGACUUAUGACUUUAUGACGUUGCGAUAAUCUAGGAGAUUCAAAAUUAUGCUUGGAAAUGUCGUUGAUGGGAUACCAUGUAGCGUUUGUAGUUUAUAUGAUUGUCAAGCAUUUUCUCCACAGC